AUGUCAUCAUCAGGGUCCAAGCUCCCACUGCUCCUGUAUGGGAUCCUCCUGUACAGCUCCUUUGCUCCUCUCCCAGUCAUCAGCAGUAAGAGACAAACCCUGCAGAGCGCCAUGUCGCUCGUCCGGGCCGCUGCCAGCUCCUGGGACAAGAGGGAAGUGACAGCGAGCAAUGGAGAUUACCUGCUGGGGAUCAAAAGACUGAGAAGACUUUACUGUAACGUGGGCAUCGGCUUCCACAUCCAAGUCCUGCCUAAUGGGAAGAUCACCGGUGUGCAUAAUGAGAACAGAUACACCCUUCUAGAGAUUUCCCCAGUGGAGAGAGGAGUGGUGACUCUGUUUGGGAUGAGAAGUGGUCUCUUCCUUGCCAUGAGUGACAAAGGGAAACUCUACGGCUCGCAAGGCCACUACAAUGAUGAAUGCAAGUUCAAGGAGAAGCUCCUUGCCAACAACUACAAUGCCUAUGAAUCAGCUGUCUACCCCGGCAUGUACAUUGGCCUCAGCAAGACCGGCAAAACCAAGAGAGGCAACCGGGUUACACCCACCAUGACCAUGACGCACUUCCUGCCCAGGAUAUGA